AUGGCCCUCCACGCACCGUGCGCCCGUGCGGAUGAUUCGAUUUCGGCUGCCACACGCACCGUAUCCCGUCAACAGCCACCGCUGCAUCUCUGCAUCUGGGGCGUCGCGUGCUGCUCGCUGUGUGCGCCGCGCGUCACCACGCAGCCUGCAUCCGAGCUGGCUAUGGCGUGUUGCCACUUGGAGGCCGAUGAAGAGGUCGACGCGCCGAAAGUAUCCUGCGAGAAGCGCGCAUGGCAGGGGUUAGCUGGUGGAAUGAGGUCUCGGGGCAUCGGUGCAGGCCUUCUCGCGGCCCCCGGGCUUGUCGCCAAUCUCUUCGACUUCGGUUGCAGCGCCAAGUACGGGAGGCUGCGCCUAGGCAACGACCACAGAGCGGAGGCUCUACAAGCCGAGGUCGAACGACUAGAGGAACGGUUGAAGAAGCAAGACGCUUGCGGUGGGGAGAACAAGGGGCUCCGAGAGUGGAUUGAGCACCUCGUCCAACGAGCUCAAGGAACAGGAUACGAAACUCCUUCGAUACAGGGCGGAGGUGACGGACGACAGAGCCAUAUUCAGGAUGGAGGACGCGGAGCCGGAAAACUGAGGCAGAGUUUCUUGAAGGCUGAAGACUCUGGUUACGAUCUGGUCUUGAACACCUGGUGGUUGGUUUCCGAUCACACUGAUUCACCCUCGCCAACAUCCUCCCAACUCAUGGCUCCCGACGUCCCUGGGCUCCUUCUCACCCACGACGAAUCGAGGAGCCUAACGCCCGAAGAGUGGAAUGGCCCCUUAGCUCACGAAGACGUGCCCAGCAACUUCGAGCACCAGCGAGUGGAUCUUACCGAGUCGGAUCUCGACUUCGACGUGGACUUAUUCCCUCCGCCUUGUCUAUGCUGGCUGCCUGACAAUUUCUGCGGCCCUCGCAACUCCCAAUAA